UAUGGAUAAUUCACAAUUCGAGGUCGUUUUCUUUAUUGGUCCUCCACAUUGUGGAAAAACUCGGUAUUUUCUAGAUAACUUAAAGGAUAAAUCAGACUUUAUAAGAUUCGAUCCCAAUUAUUACUUUCUAAAGAAUCCAGACUCAUCGUUCCGUCAAGGAAUUCUAGAAUGUGUAAACAUUCUAAAGAAGAACAAUAAAGUAGUUAUUGAUUCUGAGAAUCUAACGUUAGCAGAACGAAGGUCUUUUACAGAUUUGAUAAAACGCAAAAUUAGGUCAACAAUUGUUUUCAAAUGCAUUAUUUUUCAACCUCAAAACGGUCUUUUACAACUUCGAUGGGCACACCAAGCCUACUUAUCAUGCGAAGGAUGCAGGAAAACUCAAUCAUUAGAUAUAAAAGAAAGAAUAAGGCAUUUUUUAGAAUUUAUUCAAUCUGAUAGACACAAAUCAGGUUUGAUAUCAGAUGUCAAUAAACCAUCAACUACAGAAUUUUCAGAGCAGGAGGAAAAAGUUCUACCCUUAACAAUAUGUACAGUAUAUCAAUGGGUAAUACCCGUAUUAUUUAUCGAUUACAAUAUCAUUGACUUAUUAAUUGAGAAUGGAGAUGAAGAUCUAUUCCUUGAUGCUAUUAACUUCUGGCUGAGUAGGAAUUCAAAUGGAAUUUUAUGUUUAAUUAAAGAUUCAACUAACAAUGAUUCAAUCCCAUCAAAGAUUCAACAAAUGCCAUCUGCUAUUUAUAUCAUUGAGGAUAAAAUGAACAAAUCUUUGACGGAUAAAGUUCAAGAUUCAAUUGCCUACAUGUGCUGUUCAUUGUAUUUGAAUAUAGCUCACAAUGCAUCUUUAUACAUUUACAAAAUUGUUGAACAUUCAAAAGCGGCUCACAAACUUGGCAUGAAAACUAUUAGGAUUGAGGAUGUUUUAAAGAGCAUCAAUUCACUUGUAAUCCAAAGUCGCUGUGCAAGAUCCAAUGGUCAAGAAUUUUGGAAAAGUAUACAAUACGCUAAACCCCUCCAUGAGCAAAGUAAUCAGGAGUUAGAAGAAGAGCCAUCGCUAUUUUUAAAGACAUCAAUUGGAAAAGGAAUAGUGACUGAAUGCCAUAAAAGCAUUUUACUUACUGGUCAACCGGAAUUUAUUUCCGGCGAAUUCUCAAAGAAAUACAGUGAUUCUUUGAAAAAAUUGAGGAAUACCUCAUUUUCAAAAAGAUCAUUUGUAGAAGAUAGUUCAUCAUUUUCUAGUGAGGAUUUAAAUACUUCAAGGAGCUGCAAAAGGAAACGAAUGAAAUUGGCAACUUUUGAUGAAGUGGCAAAUGAUAGCUUAGUUGAGGAGACUGCCAGCUCUAAAACAAAAAGCACUAAAAGUCCACUAAGUGUUCCUGACAGUUUAAUUAUGGAAAGUUCAAUAUCAUCAGUAAGCGUUCGCCAAUCAAGUGGCUCUGUCCGAGAUAGUUUUGUUAGUGAAACUUCUAUAUCAAAGGAUAAUAGCAGCAGCUUAAAAAUAUCAGAUGACUCAUUUGUAAAAGACAGUUCAUUGAGUCAGCAGAAUACUCCAUCAAAUGCAUCAAUACCAAGUACAAUUUUACUUUCGAGUAAUGUACCAGUAUCUUCCAGUAUAUCAUCAUCAUCAUCAGACAAUAUUGAUGCGUUCUUUGAGAAAAUGUUCUCCUAG